ACCAUACAAGAUUGAAAGCGAUGUCCUUUUUCCUCUUUUAAGCUUCCCACAAUUCAAACUUCCAUUUCAAUACUCCUCUCAAAUCCAUUGCAGCGUAUACACAAAGAAACCAAUUUUCUUUUCUUCUGUCAAAUGUCAGAUCACUCUCCAACUCCAAUAGAACACGAAUCGAAAGAAGAACCAACCCAAAUCAAAACCCCUCUAAUUCUCCACGAUUCAGACCAAACCCAAAACCUAAAUGAAGCAAAUCAAGACGACAAUGAAGAAGAAGAAGAAGAAGGAAGAACCCAUCUUGAUAAAAGCCUUCAAAGGUUGAACUUCUAUUUAUGUUUGUUGGGUUUCGAUCAAUCCUCGGUUAUAAGAUGUGUGAUUUCUUGGGUAAUGUUUUUGGUGAUCGGGGUUGCGAUUCCUGUGGUUGUACUUUUGCUGACCACCAACUGUUUGAGUUGUGAUCUCUACCAAAUCAACGGCUUUGAGCUUGUUAUUGUUGCUUCACAUGCUUGUUUGGCAGCUGUUGCUCUCCUUUGUCUUUCACAUAAUUUGAGGAAAUAUGGGAUUCGAAAAUUUCUAUUUGUUGAUCAGUAUAGUGGCCAUGUUGAAAGAUUCUCAAAGGAGUAUAUUCAGAAGAUUUCUGAAUCUAUACGCUUGCUAGUAUUGUGGGUUCUGCCAUGUAUGAUCUUGAAGAUUGCACGGGAAAUCAUCAGUGUUACGUACAUGCACCAUCAAUCGUGGUGGAAGUCUUCCAGUGUCCCUGUAGUUCUGACGUUGUCUUGGGCAUACGUAAACACCAUCUAUUUAUCAUCCUGCCUCGUCUUCCAUUUGGUCUGUAUUUUGCAGAUCAUCCACUUUGAUGAUUAUGGGAAACUUCUAGAAACAGAAACCGAUGUUCUGGUAUUCAUAGAGGAGCAUGCUCGUUUACGCCAUGAUCUUUCAAAGAUAAGCCACAGGUUCCGAAUCUAUCUCAUCCUCGUGUUCACCGUUGUCACAUCCAGCCAGUUUGCAAUGCUAUUUCAAAUCACGGAGUUCAGUGACAAAGUAACUUUCAUAAAUGGAGGUGAUUUUGCGGUAUCCUCAAUUGCGCAGGUGGUGGGGCUGAUUCUGUGUUUGAAUGCUGCUGCAAAGAUUUCCCACCGAGCUCAAGGCAUUGCAGCACUGGCGACUAGAUGGCAUGCUUUAGCUUCAUGUGGUCCAGAUGAUAUGUCUCAUAUGAGACUUUCGAAUAGAGCGAUGAGCACGGUGUCUUCAGAAAGCGAUUUGGAAGCAAUGAACUAUAUUCCACUUCCUACAAACACACAAUUGGCUUCUUAUUUGUCUUCAUACCACAGAAGACAAGCAUUUGUGAUGUAUCUGCAGAAUAAUCCUGGAGGGAUUACUUUGUACGGUUGGACCGUGGACCGUGGUUUGAUAAACACGAUCUUCUUUAUCGAGCUAUCGCUGGUUCUCUUUGUGCUGGGCAGGACUACGGUUUUCACAAGUGAGAGUUUGCCCUAAUGUUUCCCUUCCACGAUUACUCCUUUCAAGAUUUAUAGACACUCCCACGCAAGUUCUUGGUAUGCAACUUACUGCGGCUUAUUUUUUCCAUUCAAAAAAUUCAAAUGAGAACCAUAAAUAUUUUAACAAUCUGGGAACCGACUAUUAUUUAUAAUGAAUAAUCAUGAAUAUCAUGGCUUUUUCUAGUACAUUGUCAUCAUGAAAAUCAUCAUCUUCAUUAUGAAUAUUUUCAUCAUGAAUAUCCAUUAUGACAUUCAUAAUGAAUAAAGUAAGAAUAGCAUGUUUUCAGUUUCCCAAAAUAUUUAUGGUUUUCAUCGUGAAAAUAAAUGAAGAUUUGAUUGAGAGUGAAGGACCAACGAAAUGAAAUGAAAUGAAGAAUGGAGGGUGAUGAUGGAUGGCACCAGAACGUUACAAGGUUCCAUAGAAUCGUUGACUUUGACUAGUGACUAACUGAUUGUAACAUCGUUGACUUAAAAUUUUGUUUCAACUGAUGGAUAGAUGUAAAAUACAAGUUGAAGAUGCUUUUGGCUUUUUAACUGAGCCGGCGGCCUUAAGCUCAUUUGGAUUGUGAAAAAAGCAUGCAAUUUACGAGCCGGCUCACGAUGGCAGCUGAGCUUUGUCAUUGUAGUGAUUGUAAUGUAAAAGCAUAAACUAUUAUAUCCUUCAAAGUCUUCAAUUUUGCUUAUGAAUGACAAACAAUUUUAUUCUAUUCGUAAUCCAUAUUCCGGUUGACCAAUUCACGCUUGGAAUGAGAGAACAGACUGAGAGAGACCGCAGGAAAGGAGGUUCAAAUGGUGUGAAACGUUGUGUCA